CGCAAGGCAACAAAGAAUGAGAGCGCAAAAAUAGCCACGCAAUUCAAUUUGGAUACAACCAAUUAGAUUCGCCCCCUUUCGCAUGGUGUCGUGUCCGUUUCAUCACGCUAGGUAUACGCUGUGGAUCGCAUCUCCUGUAUGCAACGCAGCUCUUCAUCAUCAAGAACUACUUUUCCUUCUACCUUCAUCCUCCACCGCGUCAAAGUCAAGUGUCGGACACGGAUCAGCUCACCAUCAAGGAAUAAGCAGAAACAGCUACACAGCAGGAACAGUAUUUUAACAAAACCAUCCCCUCAACAAGACACUCAGGAUACAGAAGGAUAGGCAUACAAUAUCACCAUGUCAGGACAGCAAAUCAACCCGGACGACGCCCUGUUCGUCGACAUGUUCAUCGCCAAGAACUCCCAGACCAUGACCUUCAUCCGCUCAUCCUAUUCUGCCAUCCUCGGUCUCGCCGCAGGAACCCUCGGUCUCACCAACUGGUCCGGAUUCAUCUUUUACUUUGUUGGUUCUGCCUUCCUCUCCCUGCUGACCUUUGCCAUCAAAGCCAAAGGAAAACCCGCACUCUAUUUCCGUCAGCCAUUCGAUGUCUUUACAGAGGGCGUUUUCGGCGGUCUCUUGAGUUAUAUCCUCUUCUGGACACUGCUUUAUGGAAUCAUUCACGUCUACGACUAAAAGGAACGAUCGCCGCCAACAUGACCGACCAAUUGAACCAAAACGCAGAACAGCGCGUGUUCGAUCCAACAAACUCAUCUACAUAUAGAUAAUACGCCUCUGCCCCCUGCUUCGCGUCCGGUCGAGCAAAAAGACUAGGACAAUAAACUGUACUAUACACAUUACA